AUGUUCAGCCUAGAGAAGCGAGGAAAGGUGUACAUCUUGACCUUCGUGGGUGACGACGACGAAUACAGGUUUAAUCCUGCCACGUUCGAUGCAAUCUUCGACGCCCUCAGACAGGUGGAACAAUCGCCGGACGCAGCAGCCCUGGUGACCACCAACUCAGGCAAAUACUUUUCCAACGGACUCGACAUGCGAUGGAUUGCCGAGAACCCAGAUGAACUUUUUGACAUAGCCGUAGAGAAAUUAGAGAAGAUGUUCGCAGCAUUCAUGAGGCUCACCAUCCCCACUGUGGCAGCCAUCCGCGGCGAUGCGCUGGCGAGUGCCUUCAUGCUGGUGCUGGCCCACGAUUACCGCUUCAUGACUCAGGUGUGCUGUGACCUCUACAUGUACGAGCUCGAUCAUGGCUUGUACAUCCCCGACAGUAUCCUCGCAAUGAGUCGCAGCAAGUUGCAGCCCGCAGCCCUGCGCGUUGUUGUGCUGGGCGCCAGCAAGCUGAACGCGCAGAUGGCCUUGGAGACAGGGAUUUUGGAUGGCGUUUUGGAGGACUCGGAGAGGACUUUGGAGGCAGCGGUUAAGGAGGCGGAGAAACUAGCGGCCAGAGGAUGGAGCAGGGAGAUCUACGGUCGCCUCAGGUUGGCUGCCUUUCCUGGGGUUGUGGAGGCACUUGAUACUCAUGUUCCCUAUCGCCUACUUGCUUCUUUCAAGGUUUGA